CGAAGACGCGGGAAAUUGCCGAAGCCGACGACAGAUUUCUUGAAGGAUUGGUUGCAUCGCCACAGCGACCAUCCUUACCCGAGCGAGGAGGAAAAGAAACAACUCUGUCAUGCGACAGGGUUGAGCAUGAGCCAGGUCUCCAACUGGAUGAUCAAUGUAGGUUUUCUUCGCUUGUUUAGAAUUUCUUCUAACAGAAAUAUUGACUAA